AUGCGGAUCGAGAGCUCCAUGCGGCCUUCAACUCUGGAGAGGAUGUUUGCUUUUAACUACAUUGAGAGUAUUUCAGCGAUGAGUACGAGUCGCCACUUCCUGUCGGCUCGGCGCAGCGCCUGGGACCGGUCCUGCGCUGAUCCUGCGGCAGGUGUCCUGGCUGUUCACGUAACUGCCCAUCUGCCCCCUCGUCUCCCCCACCGCCAUAACUGGAGCGUUCAUUGCGAGAGACGAGGUAUGCCCAAAGGGAAAUAUGGGACUUGGAGUGUAGAUGACAUGAGCCGGGCUCUUCAAGCCUUCCGUAACGGGGACAUGGGAUUAAAUGAAUGCUGCAGGCAAUAUGGAGUCCCUAAGCUCACUUUACUCCACCACCUGAAGGGGACUAAUGUCAAGGCAAAUGAAGAAACGAAGUCAUUUGGCCGAGGCAGUGUGUUACCACCAACAGUCGAGAAGGAGCUAGUUGACCACAUUCUGAAAUUAGAGACACUAAUGUUUGGCCUUACGAUCAAUGAUGUUCUACGGCUUGCAUAUCAAAUCGUCGAGAAGAAUCAAAUAUCACACAAUUUUAACAAAGAAACCCAAAUGGCAGGAAAGAAGUGGUUUUAUGCUUUUAAAGCUCGCCAUAAAGACAUAAUCUCACUGAGAGAACCUCAAGCAACAUCGAUGAUGCGCGUCAAAGGAUUUAACAAAAAGAAUUUUCACGGAUUUUUUGAUCUUUUGGAAAAAGUUGUUGAUGAGAAUAAGAUUGAUGCAACUCGCAUAUUCAACGUUGACGAAACAGGUGUAAGCACUGUGCAGAACAAAUGCCAAAAGGUUCUCGCACAAAAAGGUAAAAGGCAAGUUGGCUCAGUGUCCAGUGGAGAACGUGGAGUCAACACGACAGUUGUUUGCUGCGCGAGUGCUUCAGGAAUUUACGUUCCACCCAUGCUUAUAUUCAAGCGCAUGCGAAUGAACAAUGAUUUGAGGGUUGGUGCUCCACCUGGAAGUCCGGUCGAGAUAUUAGAAUCUGGCUACAUGACAAGUGAUCUCUUUGUAAAAUGGCUCAAGCAUUUUAUUGAUUCUGUAAACCCAACAGUAGAAAAAAAUGUUCUUCUGGUACUGGAUGGUCAUACAACGCACUCCAAGAAUCUUGACGCACUUUUACUUGCUAGAGAGCACGGUGUAAUAAUGAUACAAUUGCCUGGGCAUACAACACAUCGCAUGCAGCCUUUAGAUAGAUCAUUUUUUAAGCCCUUCAAAGGUUACUACACUCAAUCAGUUGAAAAGUGGCUUCGUUCUAACCCUGGAUUAUGUGUUACUCAGCUAUAA